UAUAAUCUAACUUUAUCAAUAAUUACUUCAGACUAUUUCAUUGAGUGAAAAUAGAAAGAAAUACAGCAAUUGAGCAAUAUUGUUAUUUUUUCGUAAUGAAACAGUCAAUAAUCUUUCUGUUUAGCGUCUGUACUGUUGCCAACUAUAAAUUUCGACUGAAGGAAUAUGUGUGUGAUCUUUCCAGAAGCCUACCCUCACCCUCAGUUGACGCUUGCGCCUCCAUUGAUAAACAGAAAUGGCGGUGGAUAUUCAGAUUUUAUAACAAAGGUGAUUCUGAAGGUGUCCCUUCUACGGCAAUUAGAGAAAUAUGUCUUCUGAAAAAUUUGAAGCACUCUUCAAUUGUGGAGUUAUUAGAUGUAAUGUACAGCACAGACAAAUUAUAUUUAGUAUUCGAAUUUCUUGAUUUGGAUUUAAAGAAAUAUAUGGAUUUUUCCAAAGGACCACUAAACAAGGAACUCAUUAGGAGCUACAUGAAGCAAUUGGUAGAUGGUAUGGCCUAUCUUCAUACUAGAACCAUCUUACACAGAGAUUUAAAACCUCAAAAUUUAUUGAUAGACAAAGAGGGUCACAUCAAAUUGGCAGAUUUUGGUUUAUCAAGAUCGUUCUCUCUUCCGACUAGAACAUACACCCAUGAAGUUGUCACCAUGUGGUAUAGAGCCCCCGAACUAUUACUUGGUACAAAAAUUUAUUGCACAGGGGUUGAUAUUUGGAGUUUAGGAUGUAUAUUAGCAGAAAUGAUUCUGAAGAAAGCAAUAUUUCCUGGAGAUUCAGAAAUCGAUCAAAUCUACAAAAUAUUUAGGAUAAUGGGAACACCCACAGAAGAAGUUUGGCCUGGGGUAUCUCUGUUUCCCGACUUCAAACCAACCUUCCCAAAGUGGAAGGCGAAAGAUUUCAAAGAUGUUAUUGCCUUCCAAGAUCCUGAACAGGAGGCCCUUCUUAAGAAUAUGCUAGUCUACAAUCCUGCCCAGAGAAAAACUGCCAAAGAGCUGACGAGAUGUCCAUAUUUACGAAAAGCCAAAUUGACUGCUCCCAAUAUGGAUGCUUUCCCUGCUGAUGAAGAUGGUGAUGACUGAAUUUGUUUGUUAGUUAUUUGAAAUAAUAAUUUAUAAUGUUAUUUUUAAUAAAUUAAUUUUCUGUA